AUGGCGAGGCUGCCCCGCAGGAUUAUCAAGGAAACUCAGCAUUUGCUGGCAGAACCAGUUUCCAGUAUUAAAGCAGAACCAGAUGAAAGCAAUGCCCGUAAUUUUCAUGUGGUCAUUGCUGGCCCCCAGGAUUCCCCCUCUGAGGGAGGGACUUUUAAACUUGAACUAUUCCUUCCAGAAGAAUACCCAAUGGCAGCCCCUAAAGUAUGUUUCAUGACCAAAAUAUAUCCCCCUAAUGUAGACAAGUUGGGAAGAAUAUGUUUAGAUAUUUUGAAAGAUAAGUUGUCCCCAACACUGCAGAUCUGCGCAGUUCUGCUAUCGAUCCAGGCUUGGUUAAGUGCUCCCAAUCCAGAUGAUCCAUUAGCAAAUGAUGUAGUGGAGCAGUGGAAGACCAACAAAGCCCAAGCCAUAGAAACAGCUAGGGCAUGGACUAGGCUAUAUGCCAUGAAUAAUAAUGAAAUCGAUCUGAUCAUGAACACCACACCCGACAUUGAGCCAGUCACCAAGACCCGUGAUGCUACCUCCCAACAUCUCUCAAAUAUAUCCACUUCUCCCCACUUUUACUACCACCAGCCUAGUCCGGGCCACUGUCAUCUCUUACCUGGAUCACAACUGCCUCCUAACUGA